AUGUUACUUGCCCUUUGUGUGCUACGUCUCAGGUCAGCAUUGAAACACUGUUUGAGGUUCACGCACCAGUCUCGCAUCAACGAUGUUCGAUCGAACGUUGUGUGCCGAUCCUGCUAUUUGCGCGCUGCCGACAUCAGCCCUGAGUCUACUCCCUGCGAGGUCACGAAGGGCCAAUACCCGCGGAUACCGUCCCACUUCAGCCAGGACCUGUCCGAGGUGAUCGGGCUGUUGCUGCAGGUGCAGCCCCGGCAGAGGCCCUCGGUGGAGCAGCUGCUCCAGGAGGCUGCCGGUGCUGCAGCGACACGUCACAGGUCACCUCGCAAGCCAUCGAGGCAGUGA